AUGUACAAUGACUAUAGCUCAAACAAUACUUCCGUUUCAAUUUCAUUGCCAUCUAUUGGUGAAGGCUUGAAUAUUGAAGAGACCCAAUUACAGUGGCUGGGAUGUCUUUUUCCCAUGUUCGGACGUCUUGCAGACCUCUAUGGACGUAAGCUGGUCUUCAUGACCGGCUCGCCAUCUUUACCCUUGCCUGUGGCUUUGCCCAAAAAUGAAAUUGUACUGGAUGUGCUACGCGGUAUUCAAGGAAUUGGUAUAGCCGCCGCUCUGCCCGCAUCAAUGGGAAUCCUAACGCACACUUUCCCCGCCGAAAAAAUUCGUUCUAUCGCCUUUUCCACCUUCGCUGCUGGGGCACCCUUAGGCGCGUCCACCGGUAUGGCAUUAGGCGCCACCCUCACCCAACUCUCUAAUGAUGGAGAGGUGGCACCCAACAAAUGGGCGACUUCCUACAUCAUCGCGCUCCUCGUAGUCGGUGUCAUCAUCCUUAGCCUUUUCUUGCUAUGGCAAUGGUACUUUGAACGUGUCCAGCGCAAUCCAAACGCGCGAUAUUCUGCAUUCACUCCACCACCCAUCAUGAAACUCUCUCUCUGGGCGCGCAGAAACGGGAAAUUCGGGGCAAUCAUGGUCACCGUCAUGUUCACUUACUGUUCAUUUUUGGGAUGGAAUUUCUGGACCCAGCUCUAUUAUCAAAACUACCAACGCUAUACCCCCGUUGGUACUAUGAUUCGGCUGUUCCCCAUGUUCGUCACCGGAGUUAUCGGCAAUUUUAUCAUUGCAAUCAUCAUCGCUCGGGUUUCUGUGGUCUGGAUUCUAGCAAGCGGAACAUUCAUUACCGCCUGUGCCGCAAUCUUCGCUGAAAUCGACCCCGAAGCAACAUACUGGGCCUACGGUUUCCCUAGCGCCAUUUUCUCUGUCUUUGGGGCCGAUUUCGUCUUUGCUGCUGGGAUGAUAUUCGUAGCGAGAAUUGUCGAGCCGCACGAACAGAACCUCUCCGGUGCUUUGUUCCAGACGAUGUACCAGACUGGGACAGCACUGGGAGUUACGGUCUCUACAAUCGUUUUCAACCGCGUCGUCGCUCAGGACUCGUUGAAUAUGGGUGUCAUAGUGGACGAAGCAAACGGUGAUGCUCUACGAGAAGCUUUGCUGAAUGGCUACAAGGCAGCUGAGUGGACCGCAUUCACCUUUGGAGCCAUCGGCAUAGUCGAAUUAAUGUGUCAUAUAGGUGCACUUCUGGCCAUUCUUUUCUUCUGGAAUGUCGGAAUCGUUGGAGACAAGGGUACAUUGGAGGAAGCCAAACCUAUAUCAACAGCUCAAAGCACUUCCACAGCGGCUGUUGCUCGAGACGUGGGGAAAGCGAUGCAAGAAAUUCCUAGACUGGUGACGAGUUCUACUCCAUCGGAGAACGUGCAUCAGUAA